CAUUGCCAACCAUUAUGUUCCGCUUCUAUAAAAGUGUUAUUCUAGGUUGCCAACCAUUAUGUUCCGCUUCUAUAAAAGUGUUAUUCUAGGCUGACAGUGUUUCUACCUUCAGCCAUGCAUUGUGACGGAGCUAUCAGGAACAUAGAGAAAGAAAUACUCCGCGAAUGUGCUUACAAAGGCAUCCAAGUCCAUGAAAACUUCCUCAAUUACUACCUCAAACUCCUCUCACUCGACCCCACAUGGGGCAUCACAGGAAAAGACGUGCUAGACAGGAGCGACGUCCAAAAUUUCAUCAAAUAUGUAGUCCACCAACUCGAAAAUCAGAACACCCCGAGCAUGAUCACCCUAAAAAUGCAGUUCUACUUCACUUGCAACUUCCAAAUGAAGCAGAAAAUGGUGAAAAGGAACAGAACUGAGCUCUUGAUGCGGCUGCGAGGCUUGGAACAGGAGAUAAUCGAUGUUAAAUACUUGACUGAAGAAGACGAGAUUAAUUUGAUGUAUAAAAAGAUCGUCUAUUACAUCACACUGGCUUCGGGGUUGGGAAAUCCAACAUUUGACGCUGUUUUUAAGGAAGUUAGGGUCGCUCUUGGAAGCAUCCUCGACCGGAACGAACUGAACGACUUCGUGGCACAACCCCGUUUUACCAAAAUUGAUAAUUUGGCCGAAUUCACUAAACUAGUGACGGGAAUUCGGCUCUUCAACAAAGACUGCGGCAAAGGAGGCGAGGGAAUGGAAGACUUGCCAAAACUGAUCAAUGAGGCACUUAUUGCCACAAAUGCCGAGCUUCAAAACACCCUAAUCUCAAUCAUGGAUAAAGUCAAUUUAAUGACCACGGCUCUAGAUUUUGUGUGUGGGACAGAAAUGGACGAAAGACACAACUAUGUUAUCGCUUAUCGCCUCCCGAAAGGUGUGACAAUGGCCGAUGUUAACUAUGUUAAAGAUUCGCUUAUUGCCUACCGCCAACAUGAGCUCUACGUCCGGAAAAUGAUGGAUGAGAUUGACAGAAUUGAAAGUACUUCCGCACAAAUUUUUACCAUUCUCCAACGGGCGCUUAUUGACCUCCACCGAGUGGUCAAGCAUCGGAUUGCAAUUCCAGUCAAUCAAGUCUUUCCCCAUUUCAUCAAGUUAUCGGACAUUUGGUGCAACCUCCAAGACCAAACAAUCCUCCUUGCCAAGCACAACCAAAUCAUGAUGAAUCUCCAGAAAUACAUCAAAGUGUUGUCAUUUCCCGAUUCCAUCGCCGAAAUGAUGAUACCACCGGGGGAAUCCCCGAUGACCGAUACCGAGCGGUUGCAAAAAACCGCCGACCAGAAAAUCCCACAGGAGGACAACCACUCCAUGGUCUUAGACCCGUUGCUCUACACCGACUUGAAUAAAUUAAAAUAUGAGUAUUUGGGUUUUUGUGCGUGGAAGAUUUUCAUGACGGAAGGGGCCCUCCUACCCGGAAAUCCAGGUCUGGGCAUCGCCAAAACCAUGAAUAUGCAGUUCGUGUUUUCGUCGGUGGAGGCGGGAAUUGCCUUUGGGAAGUGUCCCGAAAAGUGUGUCAUGGAGACAAUUAAGUUGGCGAGGAGGAAACCCGAACUGAUUAAUUUGCUGGCGAUUAAGGAUCGAUUGAUUCUCGUGCAAAAUAUUAGAGAUCUGGUGCAUGAACCACCGCUUUUGCCCUUGACGGACGAAGUUGAGGUUCAAACAGAAAUGCAUCCUGUUGAAAGUAAUAUUGACCGAAAUUACUUCUGGAAUGUGUGGGAUUUGAGGAGGAAAGCAAUAGAAUAUGCGAAUUUAACUCAUUGUCAAACUGUUAGUUGUCAAACUAAGAAGAGUUAUUAUAGAUUUAACUCGAAGAUACAGACUUGUGACCCCAGAGAUAAGGGGGCGCAAACAAAGAGGGAUAACUACACCAAUGUUCCAAAGCCUUCAACUUAUAUCUUUGGUUUGAGAGGUCGCAAAGACGAUAAACAGUUUAUCGUUGACUUGACCAGACCUGUUGAGGAGUAAAUAAAAUACUUUAGCAGUAAAAA